AUGGUUCCGAUUCUGGAGACUACGCCGGCAAAAGAGAGCAAGUGGAUCGAUUCGUGGGUGAAGAAGGACUUGAACCCGCAGUAUGUCUACAAAAAGCUGGGGCUUACUAAGCAGGGUGACAAGGCAAUGCAAAGUCAGAAUUACCGACUCUUCGAGGCGUACACGGAACGCAUGUUCGCCAAGGAUCAAGCGCUAUACAAUUCAUGGCUGGCGAAGAAGAUGACACCGGAGGAUGUCUACAAAGCCCUUAAGUUGGAUAAGUUGAAGGGCGCGAAGGCGGCUGAGAGCAAGGACUUCCGUCGCUACGAAGUGUACGUAUUCAAGUGGUACGAACCUAAAAUAUAA